UAAGAAACAUUAACUACAACAGGGAAAGCAAUAGAAAAUAUGUGAAAAAAUAAAAAUGAAAUUAACCCAAUAAAAAGGAAAUGCAUAAUAAGAAGAAACAAAAUAGAGGAGGACACACGUCAUAAAAUGGAGAGAGAAUACAUUUUUAAAAAGUCAGUAAAGACAAAUUUAAUGUUAAGAAACCAUAAACAAUUCAUAAGUAUAACAAAGAGCUCAUACAGUGUACAUUUAAAAAUAAAUUAUUAAUGUAAAACAUGAUGACAAACAGUACUAAUAUGACUGACUGUGUGGAUGAAUAAAUUACAACACAUAGAUACUAGACUGCAGGGGAGAAGCCUACACCCCGGUUUGGGGUUGUGUGGGGGAGACUGUAGGGGGAUGAUUCUGCACUCAGAGUGUCCAGAGGAAAUAAACCUUAAGGGGCGAUCCUGCCGUGCAGGCUGUGGGGGCUGGGUGGAACCUGGGUUUGAUACAACCCUGAUAUAUACGCCCCCACGCCUGCCUGCCUGAUCCCCUUUAGCAACGGAACCAGACCUCCCUCCUUCCCCUGUGCAUCUCAGGGGUGCAGUGAAGGGUUAAUUCCUCCCCUCCACCCUGCUCUUGCCCCACAGCCCAGCUCCAGUGUGAAUUCUCUGUCUGGGGGAUGACUCAUUGGAACCCCCCCCCAGCACGUGCUGUGCCUAUAAUGGGGGUUCUUUUGUGUCUGGUGCAGGCAGGGAUCACGUGUGGGGGCACCUGCCAUCUGCCACUGCCCCCCACUCCCUGGGGACCCCCUAACCCUGCUGCCAGCCCCACGGCCAUUGGCUUCCCCAGCCCAACCAUCUGGAGCUGUGGGGCUGCACAAUAGGGGCGGGGGCUUUAUAUACAGGGCUGGGGCAUAUAGGAUGCACAGACUGAAGGGAGUGGGGACAGCGCUGAGGUCCAGUCAGGCUGAGGAAGACCCCAGAACUGGCACAAAGGCUGGACAGAUCAAAGGAGCCCCAGAACCAGCACUGAGGUGUGGACGGACUGAGGGAGCCACUAGAAUCAGCACCGAGGUGCGGACGGGCCGACGGAGCCCCCAGAACUGGCACUGUGGUGCGGACGGGGCACUGAGGUGCAGACAGGCCGAGGGAGCCCCCAGAACCAGCACCGAGGUGUGGAUGGGCCGAGGAAGCCCCCAGAACCGGUACUGAGGUGCAGACGGGCCAAGGGAGCCACCAGAACCAGCACUGAGGUGUGGACAGGCUGAGGGAGUCCCCAGAACGAAGGGCGAGGCCGGCUGUGAGAGCCCCCAGGGCUGACAACAGUGAAGUUCUUACAGGCUGAGGGAGCCCCCAGACCUGGCACCAAAAUCCAGACAGGUCAAGCGAGCCCCCAGCACCCACAAUGCCCCGCGGUUUCCUGGUGAAGAGAACCCAUAAGGCAGGCCCAGCCUCCUACCGGAUCCGAGUCCCCUCAGCUGAGCCUCUUGGUACCAACCCCUGGCCUCCAGGCUGCCCCACACCACUGCCCCCCACCCAGGGGAGCCCCCAUGGUGCAAGCCGGACUCCAACAUCCUGCUCCCUGCCCCAGAAUCCCCUGCUGCCGGCAGCCUCCCCCUCCUCCUCGAGGUGGGGAGCCAUUGUGUGCCAGCUGUGCCGCCAGGCCUACGGCGACCCGCCCUCGCUGGCCCGGCAUGGCUGCUCAGGCCUGGUCCGCGUGGAGUACCGCUGCCCUCAGUGCCCCAAGGCCUUCGGCUGCCCAGCCAAUCUGGCCUCCCACCGGCGCUGGCACAAACCCCGCGGGCAGGGGGCAGCCAAGGAGAACCAGAGUCCUGAGCCGGGCACUGGGCCCAACUCCCAACGGGCUGACUUCGGCUGCGCCCACUGCUCCAGGCAGUUCCGGCGCCGCAGUGACCUGCACAGACACCUGCAGCUACACCAGGCCGGGCCAGGGCUGAGCCAGAGUCAGCAUCUCCAUGGCAACCGCCUCCCAAUCCCCCUCUGCUUGCCAAAGGAGGGGGCUCUGGGCCUAGCUGUUAGCUCCCAGCCCUGUCCACUCGAGGUGGUUGUCUCCACCAGCCUUUCCCGGGGCAAGGGAGGUCUGAUCAGCCCCCGCAGUGAAGCUCUGGGCUCCCCCCCAGCAGCUCUGUCGGUGUCCCUCAAUCCCGACUCCCAGCUCUACCAAUGCCCUCAAUCCUGACCCACAGCCCCCUGCUAUCCCAGUCCUGGGCUCUGUGCCUCCCCCCACAGCCCCAGCUCUGUUAGGGCCCCUCAAUCCCAACCCACAGCUCUCAUUCCCCGCCCCGCUCUAGGAGUGCCCCAUAAUCCUAUUUAUUGUGUAACAGAGAUUUUAUCAUGAAGAUCUGAUAGCAACAAAGAACUGUUUUCAAAGAAGAAAACUGCUCAGGUCAGGCUGGCCCAGACCCCACCUUCCCUGAAUCCUGAGCACUGGUGUCAGAUGUGCACUGGACAGACUCACGGACUGGGCGGAUCUGGAGCAGACAGACCCCCUGUGGCUUUGCUCUUCUGAAAAACUGAGACAUUUGCCUUGAAGAUCCAGCACUGCGGGGAAGGUUUUUGAUUUGCAACAACUGUCCUCCUCCUGCAUGGAUUCGUGGCCGCUCACAGGCAGAGGCCCACGCCAGCACCACCCAGGCCCAAGGCUCAGUGUGGCACAGGAGCAGAGCUACGCUGCCAUGGUAUGACUGGGCACUGCUUAGGAAGGCAGCUCUGUCUAUGCCUAGGGGAGGGCAUGUCUAUUAACAGAAGAG